AUGGCCGACGUCAAGGAAUACACCUACACCGAAGUUGCUGAGCACACCGACCGCUCCGACCUCUUCAUGGUCAUCCACGACAAGGUCUACCAGUGCGCCCAGUUCAUGGACGAACACCCCGGUGGUGAGGAGGUCUUGAUGGAUGUUGGAGGCAAGGAUGCGACUGAGGCUUUCGAGGAUGUUGGUCACUCCGAGGAGGCACGGGAGUUGUUGGAGAAGAUGUUUGUUGGUAACUUGAAGCGCGGUGCCGGUGAUGCUCCUGCAAAGUCUACUGCGGCUCAGCCAAGUACCAAAGCGCAGCAGGCGGGUGGAUCGAAUUUGGCGGUGAUCGUUGCGUUGAUCGCUGUUUUGGCAUUUGUCGCGUUCAAGUUCACUCAGUAA